GCGUGUGAGUGACCAAGAGCAAACGCAAGAGAAAAAAUAUGGAAGCUUCUGUCGUUUAAAGGGGCCGCUACUGGAAUGCACUUGUUGCAACAGGCUUGUUGGUACAGCUGUAGCAAGCCUGUUUGAGGGAAUGGUUGGAGCGGAGGCACGGCUGGCUGAGGAGGAGUUUUGCAAGUAAACGGAGGCAGUUGACAGCACUAGAAUGUGCUGAGCGUUUUUUCCAACGGCUGGAUACACGGGAAAACCAUGGUCUUAGUUAGAAUUAGCUUCGACAGGGAAAUGUGAUUUGGUGAAGGAAGCAGCCGUUAAGACUGGGGAAAAGAACCAAAGCGACAUGUACCCUGAUCUUAUGCUUGUUUAUUAAGAAGUUAUUCUAAGGGGAUUGAGUGGGUCUGAUCCCCAGCUAAAUUGUGCAUAGCGGAUUGCAGCCCUCAAAGCCACUGGAGAGUAAACAUUUAUCGGCUCGGGUUGCGAAUAGAGUAGGCAGCUUGGCUAAUGCUACGGUAGAGCCGAGCCGUUUAGUACUACAGGGAGAGUGCUUUGAAAGGCAGCUAGCUGGGAGCGCCGCGCGCUAGGGUGAAGCGAGCGGGAGGUUUGCGGGACCGAACUUGGGAUUUCUUUUGGUAGCGCGUGAGGAAUCAGCGGGGGGUGGCUUUAGGGAUGUUUAGCGGCCUGAGGCAGAUAAUUUUUCCUGGGGAAUUGUUAAAUCAAACAUUUUGAAAGAGGGUGGAUUUAUGGAGCGCAGGUGGGUUUUAAGAGUUGGGAGUUUGGCGGGGAGGCUAACGAGGCGUAGGACUGGGAGAGUGGAAGGAGCAGCUGACAGAGAAGUUGCUGAGAGAAGUUGGAGUUUUACACCGGGGUGUGCGUCAAGGGGAUUGUUUGUAUUUGUUGAAGAAUGUCAGUAGUCUUGAACGUCUCUAUUAAGACAAAAAGUGCGAUGUAUAAAUUAUCCAAAUAAAUGAAUAAGGAGGAAUUACUUCAGGGUGUAGAAAAGAGCAGGGGAGGCCUGGUGAGGGCGCGGCUUCUUUUUUUAGCGGUGGGGUGUAUAUGAGAGAGGAAGAGAGGUUGGCAGGCACUGUGGUUGCGGCCGCCGUGGGCUGGAGAACGGCUUGGCAAAGUCGCCUCAACAAGAGGAGGCAAGGGCUAGAUUCUCUACCCCCUCCACCCCACCCGCAGCCCCACCCGCAGCAGCCUGUGGUGCUCAACCACCAGCCAGCCGUUGGUCGGCGUUUAGCUUGCCGCUCUCCUUGUUGCCUGCAGCCGCCGCGCAGCUCCGCUUCCUCCCCAUGUCUCUGCCGGUGGUGCUGCCAGGCUCCUGCUGCCCCAUGGCCCGGCUCUCGGCGGUGCCCGAGGCGGUGAGACCUUGUUCCGCAACAGCUGCCGCCGCCGCCCUAGACCCGUCGCAGCCUCUGCCGCCUCCUCUCCGGCCCCGCUGGUCCCGUUCCGGCUUCCAGCAGCCCCGGCCUCGCCCAGCAGCUCUAUCCCCUGUGGCCUCCCGUUGGGCCGGGACCUCUGCCACUGCGGGGCCGGGGCUGCUGCCGGCCAGACCUCUGCUUUCGCUGGGGCUGCUGCAGCUGAUUUUAGGGUGUUGCAUGGUGGCCCUGAGUUUUGGGGCGCUAUCUCUCAGCAACUCCCCCCAGGUGAAGAACUCCUGCCCCUUUUGGGCUGGCUCCUCGGUAAUUUUAUCAGGAAUUAUAGGAUUAACUACAUGGAAGAGACCAAUGAUACUUCUGGUUAACCUGUUUGUUUUGCUCUCUGUUAUUUGUGUUCUCUUGAACUUGGCGGGAUUUAUUCUUGGAUGCCAAGGUGCUCAGUUUGUGUCGAGUGUACCUCGAUGUGAUCUGGCUGAUGUGGGUGAAAGUAAGUUUUGUUUCUGCUGUGAAGAAUUUCUACCAGAAAAAUGCACAGAGAAAGAAAAUGCACUGAAACUGUAUCCAGUCCAGUCAUGCAGUGCAGUUCACCUUCUACUCAAGAAAGUCCUUUUUGCUCUCUGUGCUCUGAAUGCCUUGACGACCACAGUAUGCCUAGUAGCUGCUGCCCUACGCUACCUGCAGAUAUUUGCAACAAGAAGAUCCUGCAUAGAAGAACGCCAGGUUUAUGUGGAAGAAGUUGAAGAACAAGGCCACGCUAAUGAUCCAGAAGAUUUUGUGCCACCUGUACCACCUCCAUCAUACUUUGCUACAUUUUACUCUUGUACACCCAGGAUCAGUCGCAGGAUGCUGGGUUCUGAUGUCAUUCCACUGCCUCAUAUUUAUGGAGCCAGAAUGAAAGGAGUUGAGGUUUUCUGCCCACUUGAUCCCCCACCUCCUUAUGAAGCUGUGGUGAGCCAGAUGAGUCAUGAACAGGGAGGCGCAUUUCAAAUUUCAGAUGUUGCAGAAGCUGUUAAUGGCCCACCAGAACAAAAUGAUACUCAGGUAUCUCCAGUAGAUGGAGAUGCACUUACGACUAGAGAGACUACCUUGCAUCCAGAACCUACUUUGGCCCCUGCAGGAAUCUGCAAGACUGUUCUAAAGCCUCUCAGAAAACGAUCAAAAAGUGAUCCUGUGCUGCAUGGCUUUCUACCAAGAGGUCCAGUGUUAAGUUGUGAAGCUGCCACCCAAACAGAAUUAAAACCAGAACUGGCUACUGUCAUUUUACGAAAGAGUCUGAGAGCAAAGGUUUUGCGCUCAAGACCUCGAUCUUUGGUAGACUACAAAUCGUACAUAGAUACGAAACUGCUUGUGGCAAAGUUUCUAGACCAUUCCUCCUGCAGCAUGACCCCUGACAUACAUGAACUAGUGGAAGAUAUCAAAUCUGUUUUAAAAUCAGAUGAAGAGCACAUGGAGGAAGCCGUUACCAGUGCCAGCUUCCUUGAGCAGGUAAUGACCCCUGCUCAUCUAUCUACACCAAGGGCACAUACACUGCCUUUUAGAAGGCACCCAGGACUCCUGCACUUGGAGAGCUGUGGGGAUGUGAGUACUUUCACUACAGCAGAAACCCAGUUGCUGGAGAGGAGAGCGCAGAGGACAGAGCACGAACGGCCACAUAGUCUCAUUGGAGUUCUACGGGAAACAGUGCUCUGAGCUCCUAUCUAUGAGGCCCUUCAUCAGAUGCAAUGAACUGACCAGAAAACCAUUCUGUGAAGGUUAAUGUCUGUUUCAUACUUACUGCUGCAUUUGGAAACAAUACUUGAGGACACUGUUGGAGGAAGUUAUUUCUAGCAAAGCCUCAGUAUGUUCCAAUUUGAAGCUGUCUUUAAAUCAAGGACAUUCAGUUGCAAUUAGUAUAUAUGACAAGCACUUUUUAUUUCAGGAUGUAGGGAAGAAACGAGAAUGUUGAUAUUUGGAAGCAAUUCAUUCUUUCUAAAACAACAUAGUAAAGGCUUUAUGCCUCUAGUAGCUGUAGUUUCACUUGUGAUCGAUAGUUAAUUGAUUGUGCUUUGUCUGUAAAGGAACAUGGGCUGGAGAUAGUCAUUUCUCUGGACUUCAUAUUAAAAUGAAGGUGUUCUCCCUUGCCCCUUCUGCGGUACAGCAGCAGCACUUCUUUGGUUAUCAAUGGAAUUAUACACUUGUUAGAAGGUGAAGCAUAUCCUGAAGCCCAGAUAUUCAGCUGGGUAAGUAUGUAGCAGAAAACAUGUACCAUGUUAGGGUAAAAACAAAAUUAAUAUGAAGAUCUCAGUGUGUCCUUUAGCCAUGGGGCAAACCUGGCUAUAAUUUUUAAGGUGGUGCCUAAAAGUGCUUGAGGAGAUGUGUGGAGCCCUUCAGAAGAGCGUUAACAGUCUUACUGGAGAGGUACUGUCCUAGCCAGAAAACAGGCUAGGCCAUCUUGGCUUAGAUGGCAAUAGAAGCUAUUCUAGCAGGAAAAUGCUAUACCUGAGUUCAUCUACUACAAAGGAAAGGCCACCAUGACAGUAUGCACAUGGAGACUUGCAUGCUUUCUAGCUUCUGAGAGUGAUCAGUGAAGUACCUCAAGGUUGUUAUAACGAAAACAGAAUUGAAGAAUGGGUUGACUUCAUAUUAGAUGUAAGACAAAAAUCAAGUCAAUUUAUUUAUGCAAGCCUUCCUUGAAGCAGGUCUUGCACCAUCAUUAAUAGUGGAACCAAAAGAGCACUUGCAGUUCCCAUUUGGAAAGUGCCUUUGAAGGUUGCUUAGAAUCUGAACACAGGGAAGUGGGCAUUAUAUGGGCAUUACUCACAAAUCAUACUGUUGGAGCUAGGUCUUGCAGCAAGGUUGGAUUUGGGAAAUGGAGCAAUUAGAGAAGGCAACGCCUCCCAAGGUUUUUCUCACUGCUCUUAGGUAUCAGAUGGCAUAAGAUUGGGUUCCUAUGGUCUGCUUUGAGAUAGUGGCAGUGGUUUCCUCAAUCCUAAUGCUGUAAUAUUAGAACAUUGAUUAAAUUUGACUCUUAGAUGUCUUCCAAGUAAUUUAUACUUCCGUCUAAACUAAUAAAAAAGUAAAAGGAUAGUAGCUGAAGCUAACUGCAACAAGAAACUACACAGAAAAAGUUCCCUGAUCAGGGAUUAAAAGAAAACAGAGUGAGAAGGUAUUUACCUUGCCCCAAUAGUAAAAUAGUUUCCUCUGAGGAGAGUGCCAGGAGCUUGGUUAGAGUUCUAGUUCCCAAUGUUGGUUCUGUGCAUACAUAGACUUAAUAUGUGGGGCUGCAAAUAAAACACAAAGAACUGGAUAGAGAUAUUGUUGUGCUAGUUAUAAAUGGCUUACUCCAAAGAUGUGGAUAAUUAUUAUGCAACAACCUUAAAUCUUAAACAUAAGUAUACAUUGAGUACCUUAAUUCUAGCUGUCCUUGCAUGUAUGAAGAUAAGUAAAGCAGUUCUACAAGCCCUG